AUGGCGACAGAGAUGCAGGACGUUGCCAUCACGGAGGACAAGCCUUUGCUCACGGGUCAGGCCGACAGCUCCAAGGAUGCAGAACUGGCCGCUCGGAUACUGCUGGACCAGGGGCAGGAGCACAGCAUAGAGACUCCUCACGGCGUUCUCCAUGUGACGCUGCACGGCGCCCGCAGCUCCCGCCGCCCGGCCAUCCUCACCUGCCACGACGUGGGCCUGGACAGUAAGAGCUGUUUUUCAACCCUGUUCCAGUUUGAGGAGAUGCAGGAGAUUGUGAAGAGUUUUACCCUCAUCCACAUAGACGUCCCGGGACAGGAGGAGGGGGCCGCUGCCCUUCCAGCCAGUUACCAGUAUCCGUCCAUGGACACCAUUGCGGAGAUGAUUCCUCCCGUUCUGCAGUUUUUCAAUUUCCCCACAGUGAUCGGCAUCGGAGUGGGAGCUGGAGCCUACAUCCUCUCCAAGUUCACACUGGCGAACCCCGACUCUGUGGAGGGACUGGUUCUGGUCAACAUCGACAUAAACGCCAGAGGAUGGAUCGACUGGGCUGCUCAGAAACUGAGCUCCCUCACAGAACAGAUCAUGACCCACCUCUUCAGUCAGGAGGAGCUGUCUGCACACACUGAGCUGGUUCAGUCACACAGAGACGGAAUGAACAAAUCUCCUCAUGUGGGGAACAUCGAGCUCUUCUGGAAGGCCUACAACAAUCGCAGCCAACUGCAACUGGAUCGCACCAACACAUUCAAAUGUCCAGUGAUGUUGGUGGUCGGAGAUCAGGCUCCGUAUGAAGAGGCCGCGGUGGAGUGCAACAGCAAACUCGACCCAACAACCACCUCUUUCCUGAAGAUGGCUGAUGCCGGGGGUCAACCCCACAUCACUCAGCCGGCUAAACUGACCGAGGCAUUCAAGUAUUUCAUCCAGGGCAUGGGCUACAUGGCGUCCUCCUGCAUGACACGCCUGUCCCGCUCGCGCACCACCUCCAUGUCCUCCUCUUACUCCAUGGACGGGUCGCGCUCUCGCUCACGCACGCUGUCCCAGGGAUCGCAGGGAGGACAGAUGCCCCCCAGCCCCUCCCAGACCAUGGAGGUAUCCUGCUGA